AUGCGUAUUGUUACAUGCAGUCGAGACACAAUCUUAUCACCAGUCUCUCAAUUCAUCUUUAAAAUAAUAAAAGAAUUAAGAACAACAUUACGAGGUACUGUUAGUAAUACAUUUAAAUUUGUCAAAGAAAUUUCAGAAAUGCCACUUCAAACAAAUGAGCAAUUAGCAAGCUUAGAUAUAUGUGAUUUAUACACCAAUAUAUCAGUUAAUAAAGCAGUGGAUAUUACUAUUGAUGAACUUAUUAAAUCAAACAAAUUAGAUAAUAUUAGUUUAACAAAAACAGAUAUUAAAAAUUUAUUAUUACUAUCAUUAAAAAACAGCUACUUCCAAUUUAACAAUAAAUUUUAUAGACAGAAAAAUGGUUUACCAAUGGGUAACACAUUAAGCCCGAUUAUUGCUGAUAUAUAUAUGAAUUAUUAUUCAAAUGAACAUUUACAACAAAUUAAUGUUACGUCAAAAAUAUGGCGUUAUGUAGAUGACAUAUUGAUUAUAACAACAAUGAACGAACAACAGCUAAAAAACUAUGUUAAUGAUUUAAAUAAUAUUAAAGGAACGAUAAGAUUUACAUAUGAAUUUGAAAACAACAACCAAAUUAAUUUUCUUGACACAACAUUAACUAAACAAAUUAUCAACGACAAACUACAAAUUAAAGUUAGAUGGUUCAGAAAAGAUUCAGCAGCAGACCGUCUUCUGAAUUACCACUCGAGUCAUAGCAAAUCUAUUAAAGAAAAUAUUGUUAAAAACAUGACAAAAAUAAUUAUCCAAACAACUAAAGAUGCAAAUGAACAACAAGAAGAUCUUAACAAAUUGAAACACAUGUUAAUUAAUUCCAGUUAUCCAAACAAAGAAAUUGAAAGACUUAUGAAAGAAGCUUGUCAAACAUCAACGGCAAAUUACACUUCAGCAACCAACAAAAAUGACUUAAAAUUCAGCAUCAGCCUUCCAUAUGUUCCUGGAAUUGAAUACUUAAACGAAAAUUAG